AUUGAAGUGAACUUGGGGGACAGCCAGACUCGAUAUGUCCGAUUUGGAUGAUGAUUAUGAUGAUCAUCUUAACGACAAUGCUUUCCUAGCUGCUGAAGCCUCCGAAGCAACCGCGGAAUCGAAUGAAAACACCCCGCGAGCGGCGAAGCGACGUUGUUUGGAACCUGAAGAUUAUGGCCAGGAUGGAGAAAGUGUGGGAUCUCAGACCGAUUCCUUCCGUUAUUCUGGGGAUGACAACAAGGACAAAUAUGCCUCAGAUUCGUUCGUAGAUGAUGAUGAGGUCCACUCACCUAGCGCAUACGGGGAAUUUGACGGAGACUCGAGGCGCAAAUUGAAGGCCUUCUAUCCGAAACACAGCGUCAUGCAGGAAAAUAUCUUCGUUACGCAGCUAACGCAACCCCCAUCGCCGCCUGAAAGGAUCCGUGGACCUCGUUGGAAGAAGCCUGAUCCGAAGCCCCCCACGCCGAAGCCCCCCACGACUACACCACUUCCAUCAGUGCGCGACGAGAGAAGUGGCGGCGGUAGAGUUGACAAACCAACAGGUAAUGGGGGGCGAGGAGGAGAUAAUGAAUUUUCUGACGAUGAAGGACUGGAUGCCGCCAUUGCGGCAUCACUCGAAUCUUUCGAGGAGGAGAACUCCCGGGCAGCUACAUCUUCGUUUUCACACGAGCCAGCGCAACCACAACCAACAACAGCCGCUGCUUCAAGUGGCAAAAAUAGCAAUAAUAACAAUGUUUCGACGGAUUCGUUCCUUGACGAUAUACCGGAGGAUGCGUUUGACUCGGAGCCGUCUUUAUCUCCCCCACCCAGAACGAAUCAAGCGGCGCAGCGAACUCAGACAUGGCCAAGCAUGGGCCGUCCUUCAAAUGGACCUACUGGCCUUCGUCAAACAACAUUGUUCAGCAUGGCUGCUCGAAAUGCAGAGGGGCCAGCGCCCAGAGGUGGACAGAACCUCUCUCCACCUAGCAAGGAGGAGCCUCCUACUCACCACAAAUUGAACGACGACGCCACUGCUACGUGGGUCUAUCCUAUGAACCUGGGAAAGACAAGAGAUUACCAGUUCAAUAUAACUCAACAUGGCCUCUUCCACAAUUUGCUAGUGGCGCUGCCGACAGGUCUGGGAAAGACGUUCAUAGCGGCAACCAUCAUGCUAAACUGGUUUCGCUGGACAAAAAGUGCUCAAAUUGUCUUUGUAGCACCUACAAAGCCCCUUGUGGCCCAGCAGAUUUCUGCAUGCUUCGGCGUCGCUGGUAUUCCACGUUCACAGACCACAAUGCUUACUGGAGAAGCAGCGCCGGGGAUACGGUCUGAAGAAUGGAAGACAAAGCGCGUGUUCUUCAUGACUCCGCAGACCUUGGUAAAUGAUCUCAAAACGGGAAUAGCCGAUCCUAAGCGUAUUGUUCUACUAGUCGUCGACGAAGCCCACCGUGCUACCGGUGGCUACGCGUAUGUGGAGGUGGCCAGCUUCCUUCGCCGAUUUAACAAGAGCUUCCGAGUUCUUGCUCUAACAGCCACGCCCGGUUCGACGGUAGAAUCUGUACAAGCAGUUAUCGAUGGUCUGGAUAUUGCACGUGUCGAGAUACGCACUGAACAAUCUCUUGACAUCCGAGAGUACGUUCAUUCCAAAGACAUUGAGACUCAAACGUUUGAAAAUUCAGAGGAAAUGGUUCUCUGUAUGGACCUAUUCUCUCGAACGUUGCAACCUCUUGUGGACCAGCUUCGCAACCUCAAUGCCUACUGGGGACGGGAUCCCAUGAUGUUGACUGCGUUCGGCUUGACCAAAGCGAGGCAACAAUGGAUGGCAUCGGAUGCUGGCAGAAACGCAAACAUGGGGAUGAAAGCCAAAACAAACACCAUAUUCACAGUUCUUGCGAGUUUGGCCCAUGCGAUUGAUCUGCUCAAAUACCAUGGAAUCACUCCUUUUUACCGCCAUCUGUUGCAUUUUCAAUCCAGUGUCGAUGGGAAAAAGGGUGGAAAGUACCAACGCCAGAUUUUCCAGGAUGAUCAUUACAAGAAACUGAUGAAUCAUCUUGAUCCAUGGGUUAAAAAUCCCGAAUUCAUUGGGCACCCUAAGCUUGAAUAUCUCAAACAGGUUAUCUUGAACCACUUCAUGGACGCUGGUGAGGGUGACGAAGGAUCAAGUCAGUCGGCGACGAAAGUCAUGAUAUUUGUGCACUUCAGGGAUAGUGCCGAGGAAGUCACACGAGUAUUGAAAAGAUACGAGCCCAUGAUUCGACCACAUAUUUUCGUUGGACAGAGUAGCGCCAAGGGCUCAGAUGGGAUGAACCAGAAGACUCAACUUGGCGUCGUUGAGAAGUUCAAAAAGGGAACUUACAACACCAUGGUGGCUACGUCAAUCGGUGAAGAAGGUCUAGAUAUUGGUGAAGUCGACCUCAUCGUUUGCUAUGACUCGUCUGCUUCCCCGAUUCGCAUGCUUCAACGAAUGGGGCGGACCGGUCGUAAGAGGUCCGGAAACAUUGUCUUGCUUCUCAUGCAGGGUAAAGAAGAGGAAUCCUACAUUAGGGCGAAAGAUAAUUACGAGAAGAUGCAGCAAAUGAUAGCUAGCGGCACCCGAUUCACUUUCCAUGACGAAGCAUCCCCUCGUAUCCUUCCGGCAGGCGUGAAGCCUGUACCUGAUAAAAUACAAAUCGACAUACCGGAUGAGAACGCAGAGCAAGAUUUGCCUGAGCCAAAAAAAGGAAAAGGCCGAGCUCCAAAAAGGCCCCCAAAGAAAUUCCACAUGCCAGAUGAUGUCGAAACAGGCUUCACCAAAGCAUCCAGCCUCGCCGGGAAUACGAAAAGUAAGGGAGAUAACAAGAGCAAGAGGCGUGUUCGAACGCCAACUCCUGAGCUUGUCGAGUUGCCUGCGCUUGAUGAAGUGUUGCUUACUUCGCCCCAGCAACGAGAGCUUGAAAACCGGUAUCAGAAUAUUGGGGGCACCAGUCCACAGUUCAUUCGCUAUCCUCGGAACGAUGCCUUUCCCCAUUUGCAGCAUGUCUCAAGGCCUACGAAGUCAGUGAAACAUGGGAGGGUGACUCGUCGUAUGAUUGGUACGCUGCGAAAUAUGGGCAAAGUGAAUGCCGAUUGCGAAAAGCGUUACAAGCAUAUUCUAUCUCUUGUACCUAAACCGCCUCCAAAGCGUUCAUCUCCUGUCAGCGAAGCAACCCGACAGAAGCCGAGCGAUAGACGGCCAACAAAUCAUUUCAAAAGAUCUAAACCAAAUCUGCCGUCUAUCGAACUCGACGGGGAAUUGGAUCUCAAUGACGAACCACCUUCUCCGGCUGUGUUAUUUUCUUUCUUGGAAGACCACCAAGAACCACCUAAAGCCUCGCAGAUGAGCGAUCUGGAUAGCAACUAUGAUUUUCCGGAUCUCAAGACACUUUUUGAGCAGGCAGAUGUAGAAAGUCAGCCCAUGCGCAAGCGACGUAAAGUCAUGGAUGAUGAUAGUGAUGAAUGAGUUUGGAGCAUCUUUUUGUGUUAUGAAUCUUGGUUGGCCGGUUCUUGUAUUGUGUCGGCUUUUGAAGCGUUGGAAAUUUAAUAUAUACCCAGGUUAUUGUUUUAUCAAAACAUAGACAUUCAUGUACUCUUCAUGCAGAG